AUGAAUUCUCUCAAGGUGCCAGAAGGUGGAUGGCUGUUGGCUGGCUCCUCCAGCCCAGACUCAGUACUACCACCGCAGGCAUUUGUCCUCAACCUCAGUGACGAUGUCGUGGAGCAGAUGAUUCAGAGUGUCCGCGUGGGGAAUAACUUGGAACUGAAGUUGGGAAAGAGUCCGACUCUGCAUUAUGGAUCGAAAUCCUACCAAAUACCACUGCCUGAGGAGGAAGUCCCAUUCGACCUAUACCUCACCAAGCCAUUCGAGUCCACUCGCCGCGCUGAGCGAUUGCCACAUGCUGGCAGUCUCUUCAGCCGACCCAGACUGUCUCGCCCCGCGCCGAAAAAGGUCCCGAAGGAGGUCAAGGAGGGAGACGCAAGGAAGAAGGCUACAGCGCCAAGCAAAAGCUCUACACCCUCGGCACUUGAUUCCGACAUGGAGAACCUGCAAAACAGCUUGGCUGCUCAUGAUGCGGCCCGGGACCGGGCUCGUGUGGUCGAGAAGCUGCCCGUGGGCGGCAAAGGCAGGAACAAGCUUCUGUCUAGCAUUUCGUCUACUCCGAAAUCGUUACCAACCUCGCCCUCCUUGAACGCAGCUCGUUCACCGAACUCAAUAUCCCAGAUAACGGCUACACAGCAAAUGAUAGAGCGGAAAAAGGAACAACGGUUUACAUUGGUUCACGAACUGGCGGUCGCGGAUAGAACGACCAAAUAUCUCGAGAACAAAUGGGCAGGCAAGGAAGAGGACUUUCGACCGACCUUGGAGAAAAUGGCAAAUUACAGCCCUGACACCCAGACGUGGUCUAUGAGGCAAUCAUCUUGGAGAGAGCUUGAUGUAUGGAAGUACGACUAUGACGACCAGGACGACCGACGUUUGGCCAUCGACAGGGCGAUUCGACAGUACGAUAAACUGCGGCUUUCGUCGUCGGAAGCAGAAUGGCAACUGCUGCUGCCCAAGGAGGAGCGAGGGAAGGGUAAAUGCCUGAGCCGCCUGCAGGCUAGCAUAGCCAAGGGACCGCCUCAGCAAGCACCCAAGGCCAAGCCGCAGAAGACGGAUGAUAGUCACGGCUCCAAGGACGAUGCUGAGAGCGCCGAGGGCGACAAGCGCAAACCGGGAGGCGAGGCCAUGUCUCGGGCAGGCUCCAACUCCACCUCCAUACCGGCAAAGACGAAGAAGCCUACAGCCCAGGAAGCGCAGGCGAAGAGACUGCUCAGCAAUUCCAAAGCCAAGUCAACUGCACUCAAGACAUCCCCUUCCAAGACCAAGGCCCCCGCGAAGAAUGACAAGCGGGUGCUCUCUGCUCCCAUCAUUGAAAACUCGGACUCAUCUGGAGACGAGGGGCCCAUGAUGAAGUCCAGACCGGCUCCACCGGCCAAGGCCAAGGACACGGUCAUUGUGAACACGAAAUCUUCGGCAAGCCGAGAGAAGGCCAAAAAGCCACCCGUGAAGCGACCCAGGGAGGAGUCCGACUCGAGCUCCAGCUCUGGCACGCCUCUUUCAAAACGAAUCAAGCCAAAACAACCACUCCCUGCGGCGCCUCCCAAAUCUCGACCGCAGCCUGCAAAAUCGAGCCAUGUUGAAAGCGCUCCGUCCCGUGUUGCAUCCUCGUCGUUUCGAGGAAGAACCGCCAGCAAUACAUCGCCCACCAAGUCCUCACCGCUGGCGUCGUCGCCACCAACUAACGCGUCAGACUUGGAUGAGGAUACCACUCCACCGGCUCCAAUCGCUCCGCAAAAACGAAAGAUGGACAGCGACAUCAAGUCGAGGAUUGCCAAGCGUCGAGCCGUGGAGAGUGUGCCUGCAGAGGUGAUGAACAAGGCCCACAAGUUCAAAACGUUUUACCAAAAGUACGAAGCGUUGCACUACGAGAUCUCGGCACUAGAUAACCCACCACACGAAAAAUUGGCAGAUUUACUCGACAUGCGAGGUCGAUUGGAGCACAUGAAGAGGGAAAUUUAUAAGCAGUAUUCUCCAAGCAGAGAGUGA